ACGAGGCUAAACUGGUAGCUGUUAGUGUCCGUUACCUGUCAGCUAUAUGAGUCUCGUAGCUCCAGUGCAAAAUAAGAGAAAGCAAAAUUCACACACCAGACAUAUCUAUCUGAUCGACUACAUUUGGACUAAAGAGGAACACUGGAUCAGUCCUGGUGGAAAGAGCUGCAGGGUUUAUUGCCCCUUUAACACCCCCAGCUCUAACACAUGGUCUUAAAGCAGCUGAACUUCACCUUUGGAACAGCUUUUCUCUCUCAGUUUAUCAUUAGUGGACUUCUCUCCACCCAUUCUGCCUAUCAGAAACCCAUUUCUCACAUUUACCCAUCUUCAGUCUCUGAGAAAACUCCUGCAGUUCUCUGUAAACAUGUUUAAAGGCUUUGCCCGAGUGAAGGCUCCUCGGUGGGCCAGGAGAGCCGGCCAUGGGCUCGGUCCUGUGCUGCAGCUCCACCGACCACCUGGUGCGUUACGUCAGGAGGACGUGAUGAAGAACCUGCGAGUCCAGAUGCCCUCUUGUAAUUUUACACCUGAGACGUACCAGGGGAUGAGUAAGGAGCAGAUGCUGGAGAUCAGGAAGCUGAACUGUAAUGCCAUGACGAUGAAGGUGACGUACUACAAGAAGCCACUUUUUAUCCAUCAGGGUUUCAUGCAGUGGCUGUGGGAUGUGGACGGGUCGCGCUAUCUCGACAUGUUUGCGGGGGUCGCAACCGUCAGCCUGGGACACUGCCAUCCGAAAGUAACGAAAGCUGCGCAGGAGCAGCUGCAGUAUCUUUGGCACACCUCAGCCAUUUAUAUUCAUCCUCAGAUCCAGGAAUACGCAGAGAAACUCGUCUCACUUCUGCCUGAACCUCUGAAAGUAGUGUAUCUGACUAACAGUGGCUCUGAGGCCAAUGAUCUGGCUCUGCUGAUGGCGAGAUUACACACAGGAAACUUUGAUGCCAUCACUCUGAGAGGUUCCUAUCAUGGCGGAAGUCCACUAACGAUGGGUCUGACCUCAAACACAGUGUAUAAAUACCCAGUGCCCUCCAGCCUGGGCUGCUAUAAUACCAUGUGUCCUGAUGUGUUCAGGGGGCCGUGGGGUGGGAGUCACUGCAGAGAUUCACCUGUUCAGACAGUCAGAGAGUGCAGCUGCUCUCCUGAUCAGUGCCAGGCCAAUGACAGGUACAUCGAGCAGCUGAAGGACGUUUUCGCUACGAGCGUACCCAAUCGCAUCGCUGCGUUCUUCGCAGAACCCAUUCAGGGAUUAGGGGGAAUUGUCCAGUACCCGAAGAACUUCCUGAAAGACACCUACAAGCUAGUGAGAGAAAAAGGUGGAAUAUGUAUAGCUGAUGAGGUUCAGACCGGUUUCGGACGCACAGGAAGUCACUUCUGGGGUUUUCAGACCCAUGACGUUGUUCCAGACAUCGUGACGAUGGCUAAAGGAAUCGCUAACGGAUUUCCCAUGGGGGCUGUGGUCACGAGCGAGGAAAUUGCUCGUCCCUUUGCUGAAGGACUGCACUUCAACACGUUCGGUGGAAACCCUGUCGCCUGCGGCAUCGCCUCGGCCGUGCUGGAUGCGAUUAAAGAGGACCGGAUCCAGGAGAACUGUGCCGUAGUAGGAACACAUCUGCUGAAGGAACUCGCCAAACUGCGAGAUAAGUACGAGAUCGUCGGGGACGUUCGGGGAAAAGGACUGCACAUCGGCGUGGAGAUGGUCAAAGACAAAGAGAGUCGAGAUCCUCUUCCUUCCGAUGCCAUGACUGAGAUUUUGGAGGACACGAAGGACAUGGGCGUGCUGAUCGGCAGAGGAGGGAUUUACGGACAGACGUUCCGGAUCCAGCCGCCGAUGUGCGUCACUAAAGACGAUGCCGAUUUCUUCCUCGCCGUGUUCGAUCAGGCGCUGCACAACUACACGGAGAGGAGAUGAGAGAAGAAAACAGCACCGAGCCUGACAGACUGCGUCUGUUCCAAAUCAGUCCAUUCCCUUUCCUUCCCCCCUAAAACCUCUCGGAAGGACCAAUCAGCACUCAGUCGGGCUGGGUUUCAAAUCACACGGGACAGCACUGGCGUUACAGACUGUUCUGUUCCAAAUCAACCCCGAAUGAAUUGUUCUACUAAGACCAAUAGUUCAACACUGAACCUAACUCUAAGGUUCUGCUCCAAAUCAACCCCUAAUCCACUUUUCCCUUCCCCCUACAGAGGACGGAUCACCACUGGACCUUACAGCUCAGCCCGGACCCGUUCCAAAUCAACCCUGAACUAACACUUUCUCAAAAUAAGAGGACACUGCACCACUAGAACAUUCUAGGGCUCUUUCGAGGGCUCGUUCAAAUCUAACACCUUUCCCUAACCACUUUCCCUAACCGCUACGGCACUUAGCCCGGCCUCGUCCCGAUUCACCACGUCAUACAGAUGGCAAUAGGCUGCAGUUGAUUUAUAAGAGCUAGUGUUUAUUGUCGAUUAACGCAGCUCUUGUAGUUUAGCGACUCAUUUCAGUGCUGCUGUGUUUACAAAACUAAACACCGAACCUGAGUGCCUUUAGCAGUCGUUAACACCAGCAUUAAUGAAGGAAAUAAAACUCAACAAACAAACAAAACCUCAGACUCGUGAAAUUAAAUCAGAUGUCUUUAAUAAACACCGUCUGAAACAUCA